AUGGCUGACACCCAAGCUUUCAGUAGCCUCCCUGGCGACAAUAACACUGAGCUCAGGACCACGGACUACGAGGACGAAGUGUACCAGAGAGGGCUGCAGUUCUCCCGGCCACCGUUCACGUUCAAGUCACUCGACUGGGAAGGUCUGGCCAUGCAACGUAUGUCAGCGGAGUCUACCGGCUAUCUUGUCGGCAACGCCGGAACAGGUGAGACAGCCACCAAGAACCGCAAAGCGUUCGAGCGAUGGUCGCUCGUCCCGCAACGACUGAUUGAGACUGAGAAGUUGCCAAGGCUGUCCACUCAGAUCUUGGGUCAUCGAAUGCCUGUACCAUUCGCCAUGGCCCCAGUUGGAGUGCAGCGCACCUUCAACCCUGAGGGCGAAAUAGCCGCAGCCAGGGCGGCCUCCGAUCAACACGUGCCAUUCAUCAUGAGCUCUGCUAGCAGCGCAAGCGUCGAAGAUGUGGCUGCGGCAAAUGGCUCUGGGACACGCUGGUACCAGCUCUACUGGCCGAGCAAUAAGGAUUACGACAUCACCAGAUCGAUCCUGAAGCGUGCGAAGGAUGCAGGAUUCUCCGCUCUUUUCGUGACCCUGGACACUUACGUUCUCGGAUGGAGACCAAGCGACAUGGACAACGGCUACAAUCCAUUCCUUCGUUCAGACCGUGUCGGUGUGGCUGUGGGCUUCUCCGACCCUGUCUUUCGAAAGCAAUUUAGGGAAAGGUAUGGGAACGAGAUUGAAGACGACCAGGGUCUAGCUGCGGCCUUGUGGACCAGAACCAUAUUUCCACGCUACAGCCACUCAUGGGAGGACCUCCAACUGCUUCGGGAAGCAUGGGAUGGGCCUAUAGUUCUCAAAGGGAUUCAAUCCGUGGCAGAUGCUCGAAAAGCCGUCGAGGCAGGUGUCCAGGGCAUAGUUGUCAGCAAUCAUGGCGGUAGGCAGACGGAUGGAGGUGUAAGCUCGUUGGGUAUGCUUCCUCGCAUUGUCGAUGCUGUCGGAGGAGACCUCGAGGUUUUCUUCGACUCAGGCAUCAGAUGUGGUGCAGACAUCGCCAAAGCUUUAGCUCUCGGGGCUAACAUGUGCCUUGUUGGUCGUCCAUACAUCUAUGGACUGGUCCUUGGUGGAGAAGCUGGUGUCAGCCAUGUCUUAAAAACGCUGGCUGGAGACCUCCAAUUGACUUUGCACCUCUCUGGCAUACCUUCGAGUGCACCUGAGCAUCUCGGCAGACAUAGACUGAUCAGGGAGGACGAACUAUAG